UUUUAACCUCAGCCCAAAAUAAGUAACCUAGGUGUACAGGCAAAUCUAGGGAAAUCUUUCACCUUCUGCAUCCCAAUCCUCAAUUCAUCCAUACUCAACACCACCUCAAACUCGCAGGUUGGCUAUCGCCACUUUACUGGCCUUGAAACCGUUCAUCUUCCACACCACCCCAACGGCCUCGGCCAAUUUCUCGAACCGUAAACUCCCCACCCUCCGACGAUAUCACCCGGCCUCAUCCCACCGCUGAUUCAACACUUCCAGCGACGACAUGGAGAUCUGCACAAAUAUGAAAACAUCGAAGCUCUUAGAAGGACUGUUCAUUGCCUCCUUGGGAUCUCCAGAUGCGGCUUUGCAUUUAAUGCUGUAAAAUUACAGCCACAGAAGCUGUAAACCCAUUACAACCGACCUAGCUUCCCAGUUUUAACAACCCAGCUGUCACCAAAGCUUUGAAGACCCAACCCGCUAAAGAUCCAACCCGACCCACUGAAGACCCGACCGACCCGUGGAUGUGAUGUUUUUGAGCGGGGAUACUGCUCACAUUUUCCUCCUGCUUUUGUAUGAUAGAAGAAUAGAAGAUAGAAGAUAUGCGAAGUAGUAUAAUCCGUACACAAUCCAAGAGACUCUUCGGUUACAAUCUGCCACCAUCCAGAACACUCCCUUCUCUCCUCGUCGUUUCCCAAUCUGCCACCAUCUGGAUCUUCCUCCUCACACCGUUCAAUCCACCUCUUCAGGUGUCAUGUAUAGCGUACAGUUACAACAGUUUGGAAUCCACGGCUGCUCCGACCUUUUCAAUUAAACGCUUACGCGUCCGCCUCUCUGUCGGUAUUUGUUCGACACUUAUGGAAAAGGGAGCAACAGUUCGGCAUUUACUGGAAAAGUGGACGGCGUAUUAUAAUACUUGUACUAUAGUUCUUUUAUUUAAUCCAAAAGUGUACUAUAGUGGAAUACUUUUUGAAGCCAUUUAAUGAGAAUUGAUUUCAUCCAGACGGAAUGUAUUUCUUCAAGACACUGAGUCAACAAUAGUGGACGGCUUGUAGAUUACAGAGUAUUUUACACUUUCCAAUGCAAUUCUUCAAGUUAAAUGGUUUGAC